AUGGCGGGAUGUUUCGUUGCAGCAGCAGAAGUUGAGUGUGGGGCUGCUGUAGCUUCAAACCCUGGUGGCCUUCCCAAUAUUGGCAGCGAAGCUGGAGGAGCAGGGGCGGGGCUGGACGCGCCUGAGGAGAGUAGAACGGCACAGGUUCUGCGAGGGGUGGAAUUGUUUGUCAGCGACGGAAGCAUUGGCACUGCUCGUGUUCCCACAGACGCUUCUAACUCAAUCAUAGAUUUGCAGCCUGAACAAAUUUUCCAAUCCAGAGAAGCUCAGGCGCAUGCAAUUCCGUCCGGGUCCUUGCCAGAGUCUGCUGGGCAAGCCAAAUGCAAUCAUCUGGGAGCUGGGAGCCAGUCAGACGAGGGCUGUCAGUUGUCAAAGCCUAAGCCUGGUGUACUGCCCGAUACCAUCCCUGUACGUCCUUGUCGUAGCAGUGCUAGAGUAAGUGAGAAGGAGAGGAGGGAGUUGGAGAAUGCGGCCAGGGAGCAGAGCCAGACAUUUGACCAAGACAGCAGGGAGAGUAAGGAGCGGGGACGCAAGGACAGCAAGAGUGCGCCCAAGACAAGCAAGAGCGCUGUGACUGCUCCCCAGGAUGAGGCGCAUCCUGUUGCGGCAGAGGGCAGGCUUGAGAAGCAGGCGGAAGAGGAUGAGGGGAAAAAGCAGAUGGCGAUCGAGGGCGUCCUUCUGAGUGGGGACAGGAGUGAUGCAGUGAAACAAGCGCCGACUGGGAAAGAAGCAGUAGGUGCAGAGAAAGAAAAGGAUUUCGUCAAGGCUGGGUCUGGAGAUACUGCAGUUGAAAAGACCAAGAAAGCAGCAUACUGGACGCAUGAGGAAGAGGAGGCCUUUUUCAGUUCUCUGCGGCAGUGCGGCAAGAACUUUGAGAAGAUCCAAGCUAAAGUAAAGAGCAAAGACAAGGAGCAGGUGCGGCACUACUACUACCGGUGCAUCAAGCGGAUGAACAAGCUGCUGCAGCCGGGCAUGGUCCUGGACAUCUCCAACCCGCUGGUGGUCAACACGGCCAUGCUGCGCUGGUGGCAGGUGCGCGCCGACGUCAAGGGCGACAUCACCGACCUGCACCGCAAGCCGCGUAAGCACAAGCAGUUCCAGACAGCCUUCGAGAAGGCCAUCACCGCCGACCUGCACCGGAAGUCGAAGGCGCGCAAGAAGCAGGCGGCCAAUCCCGUGCAGCCAGCAGCAGGGGCCGCGGCGGCACCUCAGGCUGAGGCCUCCAGUGGCCCGCUCCCUGGCUCCGACCCUCGGUCUGCGUCGGGGCAGCCAGGACCUCCGGCCUCUGGCAGCGGAAGCUCUAUCCCGGAAGUAAUGCCAAGCGGCAAACCCGACAGCAGCAAAGCACAAACAGGUCCUUUCCCCAACAAUUCGGCUGCUCAUCUUGGCACUGGCAAGAAGAAUGAAGCAGAGGCGUUUGGUAGCAAGACUGGCGCACAACAAUCGAAGUUGAAGGACACUGGGGGGAAAGUUGCAAGGGCAGGAGGCAAGGCGCGGGCGGCACCAGCGGCAGGGCAGGCCUUGAUGGGCAAGAAGAAGGGGCUGCCGGGGAAGGGAAUCCCGAAGGCAAAGUCUUCUUAUCAGCAGAAAGGAGAUGGGGCGGGGCGGCAGCAGACGGCUGGGGGAAAGAAGGCAGUCGGACCAAAGCCAGGCACCAAGCGGGGCCGGGCUGAUGUCAAGGAUAAAGCAGGAAAGAGCGACAGCUCAGCCAAGCGACCGAAGGGCCGGGGGAAGGGAGCGGGGGAGGUGAUCAAUGAUGUGGGCAGCGUCUCAGAGGCAAGCCUAGCCUCCAGCAGGGGACCCGGACGGCCUCGGAAGGCCGCUGUGGAGAAUGGUGGGGGCGAGCAGGCCAGCAAGGCAUCUUCGUUGGACGGUCUGGCUGCAGCAGCGGCGCACCUGGAGAAGCUGGAGGCCGGACAGAGAGAAAUGGCGGCGGAGAAGGGCAGGGGGCCACCUGGCACUGGGGGCUUGCCAGCAGAGGGGCACGUGGUGGGGGUCCACGCGGCCGGGGGGGAUGCCAGGGCCGUGCGCGGCCAAGGGAACGCAGCGGGCAAGGACGAGGGGCAGCCAGCAGGGAAGCUCACCCUGCAGCUCUUUCCCUUUGAUGCUGAGACAGAGGAGCGCGUCAAAAAGGCCGGCUUCGUCCCCUUCAUCGAGCUCACCCUCAAGAGCAAGAAGUCGCUGGCCUCCAUCGCUCAGCACCUGGUCUCCAAAUGGAACCUCGACCAGCCCCUCGACCUGCAGUCUGCGCCCCCUGCGUCUAGCCUGGCCGGCUGUACUCUGCGCCUCAUCCCCAACAUCGACCGGGGAGAGGCCCUCUCCGCGCUCAGCUGGGGAGUGACGGACAAGUCGGUGGCAGCUGCGGAAGUUUUUGCUCUGGUUGGCAAGCCGGAGAUUUUCCGGCUCAAGUACCGCCUGCUCCCACCGAACUGCCCACUGCCCGUAACUGCACAGGCCCACUCCCAGGGGCCGCCCUUCGACCAGGCAGUGCCUCAGCAGCCGGGGCCCGGCCCCUGGCAGGGCCACCCGGGCCUGCCCCACAGCCCUUUGCGCCCACCUGGCCUCAACGCGGCCCAGUAUGCCUCCACCGUUUCUCGAGGAGCCUGGCCCCCCUGUGGCGCCGCCGAGCAGCUGCCACACCGCACGUACCGCACAGUCUCCCCGCACCUUCAGUCGGCCAGCCCCCUUCGCGGCCCUGCUGCCGCAGAUGCCGGUUCGCAGCGGGCCUUCUCCUGGGCGGCCGAUGCGUCAGUCGAGGCGCUGGGUCGAGGCUGGGAGCCGCCACCGCCGCGCUACAUGCCGGUCUCCAACAGUGCUCCACUGGGCAGGGGUCCUGGGGCCAACGACGGGGCUGCGUUUGGAGACAGCCUGGACCAGGCGAUGUUUGGGGGCAGAGGGGGCGGAGAGCACGCCGGCAUGCCCGUGGGAGGAAACGGGUGGCUGGACGACGUGGAGGGCUUCAGCAUCAGCGGGUUCCUAAAUGCCGACGGUUCCCGGGGGCCCGCCAGCAGCCCGUUUUUGGACGGCCACCGCUCGCGUUCCAGCCUGGGCUUGGGGAGCCCGCCCUUCUCUCCCCCACUCUGGAGCCCGGACCAGGAUGAUUUCCUCCUGCGCGCGCCGGCUUCGCUCGAGAUCCCGUUUGGGGACUCGUUGCUGCUGCGGUCACUUGAGAGCAGCAACGACGGGUUCCUGCCCGCCACGCGCGAGGUGAGCAAGAGCCUGGGCCGGCAAGGGUCCGCCCGGCGGGCUAGCAGCAGCGGCCUGGGGCGGUCCAGGAGCUCCGGGGACCUGGUGUCUCCAGCUAAGGGGAAGAGGGCAACAAGCAGUGAGACUGGGGUGGAGGAUGCAGAAGCUGAGCCAGGCGGCUGCAACGUCCGUCCCAGCAGCCCGCAGCCCCGCCCGAGUUCAGGGACGGCACGAGCCAAGGGAGCCGAGAGCACUGCUCCCGGAGGGCAACCGUGUGGCGAGGGUGCGGCUCAGGGACCAAGCGCAGAGGGCUCUCGGCCGCGUCGCCGGUCGCCGUCCACCGGUGCGGGCUCCCAGUUCCAGCUGAGCAAGGCCGUGCUCAGCGAGCAGCCGCGUACACAAGAGGCCGCGGGCACAGGGGCAGCUGCACUGGCCAGCAAGCCGUUCAUGGCGCUGUUCCCCUCUCUGCCGGGACAGUUGACGCAGGAGGAACUGCUGUCCGCCCAGGAAGGUGGCCCCGAGUCCACCACCCCCGCCCCGCCAACGUCGCGGGGUGCCUCCCCUUCGAGCGACGGGGACGCCCAAGUCCGAGCUCCAGAUGAGCAGGACCAGGCAGAGGAACGGGCGCCAAAAAGGAAAGCAAGAGCAAAGCCCAGAAGCGACGGCCGGAGCAAGCUUCAGAAGAGUCAGGCACAACCAGGCAAACGCGCAGCAGAUUUGUCGCAGGCUAACAAGGCAGCAGCGGCUGCCUUGAGUAGCUGUUUUGGAAAGUCACCGUUUGCGAGAUCGAGCUGGCAGAAUGCUUCGUGAGCAUCAACCAUUAUUUGGGGAGAUUGUACUGUUGAUCUACUGUCCAGUACAAAACACGCAUUGGCCGGCUUGAUUGACUACAUUGACUUCCUGGGGCAAGCGCUUUUCGACCUAGGCUAACAGUUGCUUUUGUUGGCUGGUUAGGAUGGGAUGUAUGAGGCGCACAUUACUUGCUUGCUCUUCACCUCAUCUCGAUUAGCCUGGUCCGAAGCUACGUCAUGAUAGUUGUGAUAACUUCUGGGGAUAUUUAGAUUUUAAUCUCGAAUCAUG